AUGUCGACGCCCUACGAGAUUCGCACCAACGACAAUGGCAAGACUAAGAAGCAAUCUAUGGCAGAGCUGAAGCUCCGGCGGCUCACAGAGCUCAACCAGAGGUUGCAAGAAGACCUGAACCGUAGGAGGAUACCAGUGUCGGAGGCAGCAAUGGACUUGAUAGCGUUUACGGACAAAGAGCCAAAGGACUUCAUGGUACCCAGUCGUUGGGGCACAAUCGACCGUCGCGAAGACCCAUACGCCCCUCAACAAUCAAACGGCUGCUGCUCCGUCAUGUAG